AUGUCAGGGGGUUCGGAUGGGAACCUUGGGUUCAUCUUCCGGCCAAGGCAUCUUGUGACCACCCCACUAUCUCUAUCUGCUUCUGGGCUUCCUGGUAAUUGUUCACUCAUCGAUUUCAACACCCUUCUGGGCGGGCUGGAAAGUCUGCACAGGGCCGCCCGCUUGCACACGGACACACAGCUCCUUCCUGGGCGUUCGGGCCUGCAGGCACCCCGGAGGACUGAGCUCAGGACGCCCAGGGCCGGCGCCACCUCUCUGGAAAUGAACUGCAGUGACCACGCUGUGCUCCAUGACAACGCCAUCGCCAGCGUCAUGACGUCCGUGCUGGCCCUGGAGUUCGUGCUUGGGGUGCUGGGCAACGGGCUGGCCCUGUGGAUCUUCUGCUUUCACCUCAAGUCCUGGAAGCCCAGCCGCGUCUUCCUGUUCAACCUGGCCGUGGCCGACUUCCUCCUCCUCGUCUGCCUGCCGUUUCUAAUCUACAAGUACGUGAGCAGGUGGCAGUGGAAGAUAGGGACCCUCACGUGCCACGUGACCCUCUUCAUGCUGGCCAUGAACCGCCAGGGCAGCAUCAUCUUCCUCACGGUGGUGGCCGUGGACCGGUACUUCAGGGUGGUGCACCCCCACCACGCCCUCAACAAGAUCUCCAGCCGCUCGGCCGCCAUCGCCUCGUGCGUCCUGUGGGGCGUCACUAUCGGCCUGAGCGCCCCCCUCCUGACCAUAAAGCUGACGGCCUGCCCGGGUGGGACGGUGAUCUGCAGCCACUUUCUGGCCUGUCCGAGGCCCGUCUGGCACGACGCCCUGUUCCUCGUCCAGUUCUUCCUGCCGCUGGCCAUCGUCCUCUUCUGCUCGGCCCGCGUCGUCUGGAGCCUGCGGCGGCGGCGACACAUGGACGGGCACGCGAAGAUCCGCAGGGCCAUCCGCCUGGUCCUGGUGGUGGCCGUCGUCUUCACCACGUGCUUCCUGCCCAGCGUGGCCAUGAGGAUGGGCAUCGUGGUCCUCAGGGAGAGGAACGGGACGGCGAGCUGCAGUGAACACCACGCCCUGAUCGCCUCCAUGAAUCGGGUGUUCCUGCUGACGCUCAGCUUCACCUACAUGAACAGCAUGCUGGACCCACUCGUCUAUUACUUCUCCAGCCCGUCUUUCUCCAACUUCUUCUCCUCCGUCAUGAACCGCUGCACCCCCCAGGCCGCUCCCCAGCUGACCGGGGGCUCCUCAAGCCCGCCAGACACCCAGCUGCACCGCCUCUACAGCCCUGCUUUCUCCAACUCCCUCCCCGAGGUCAGCGGCUGCGUCCAGGAGAAGCCACCAGGUGAGCCGUGUGACAGCUAG